AGGAGCUGAGGACAGAGCCCAGGGAGGACAAAUCCCCGCGGCAGAACCUGGUGGAAGAGGCCGUUUUGAGUAGCUCCAUGGCGCAGGAAUCCAAUGGGGAGGAAUACCACCGGAGAUCCCACAGGAGGAGGGGCUGCAAACGCAGCCCAGGGAGCUGCGAGGAGGAAAGACCCACCCUGUGCCGGGAUGGCGGCCGGAGAUCCAGCCAGAGCUCAAACCUGGUGGUCCACGAGCAGUGUCAUGCUAGGGAGAAACGCUUCAAGUGCUUGGAAUGUGGGAAGAGCUUCAGCCGGAGCACCAACCUGAUCUACCACCGGUUGAUCCACACUGGGGAACGGCCCUAUGUGUGUGGGGAAUGUGGGAAGAGCUUCAGCACAAGCUCCAACCUGAUCCGCCACCGCCAGGUCCACACAGGGGAGAGGCUCUAUGUGUGUGGGGAAUGUGGGAAGAGCUUCAGCGAGAGCACCACCCUGAUCCGCCACCGCCAGGUCCACACCGGGGAACGGCCCUAUGUGUGUGGGGAAUGUGGGAAGAGCUUCAGCCGCCGCUCCCACCUGAUUUGCCACCAGAUGAUCCACACAGGGGAACGGCCCUACGAGUGUGGGGAGUGUGGGAAGAAGUUUCAGACCAGCUCCAGUCUCCUCCUGCACCAGCGGAUUCACACAGAUGAGAGGCCCUUCCGCUGCCCCGACUGCGGGAAGUGCUUCAGGUACAACUCCGGCCUCACCAACCACAAACGAAUCCACACCGGGGAGAGGCCCUACGAGUGUUCCAAGUGUGGGAAGAGCUUCUCCAAGAGCUCUCACUUGACCAGACACCAACAGUGCCACCAGUAA